CGCUCUGCGCUCCCCUCUGGCGGGUAUGCUCUUUACACUCAGCCACUGAAGACCAGAACCGAGACUUCCCUCAACGAAUUUCAUUGUGGGUCCAGAGGGUUGAGGGGGAAAAAACCAAAGGUCAUUCAGCCCCAACCAAGGGUGCGCGCGGAGCAAUAGAUGCCCCUACCCCAAAUCCCAGCCCCAGCGCCUCGCCUUCUGAUAGACCCCCGGCACUGCCGGCUGUGUUCUGGACUCCGCUGCGGACCCUACGGCCUGGUUCCUGGAAUUCCACUGGGGGAUGCGGACGGUUCCAGACAGGCUAGCCGGUUCACUACUUGAGCCAGUGCCUCCGAGUCCUCACCCCACCAUAAGGCUGUAACUCGAGCCGUCCGCCGCCCACCCCCUUCCCACUCCGCCCCAGCUCUGCGAUCCAGGUCCCUACGUCGCGCGGCCCCUUGUGGCCCUAACUCGACUGCAAAUCUGCCAUGGGCUGGCGGGCCUGUCUCCGUCCGGAGGCGUCCGGCGCUGUACAGGGCCGCUGGUUGGGGGCUGUCCUGAGCGGGUUGUGUCUUCUCUCCGCGCUGGCGUUCCUGGAAUGGCUAGGGUCGCCGACAGAGACCGCCUGGAAUGCAGCUCAGGGAAAUGUGGAUGCGCCAGAUGUGGGCGGCUCCACUCCCCAGGUACCCAGCCUAUUGUCCAUGCUGGUAACCCGAAGACGCCGCUACACGCUGACACCGGCCAGGCUGCGUUGGGACCACUUCAACCUCACGUACAGGAUUCUCUCCUUUCCCCGGAACCUUUUAAGCCCGGAAGAGACUCGGCGGGGCCUGGCGGCUGCCUUUCGAAUGUGGAGUGAUGUUUCCCCAUUCAGCUUCCGUGAGGUGGCCCCUGAACGUCCCAGUGACCUCAAGAUAGGUUUCUACCCAGUUAACCACACCGACUGCUUGGUCUCUGCCCUGCACCACUGCUUCGAUGGUCCUACAGGUGAACUGGCCCACGCUUUCUUCCCACCCCACGGUGGCAUUCAUUUUGAUGACAGCGAGUACUGGGUCUUGGGUCCCACGCGCUACAGCUGGAAGAAAGGUGUUUGGCUCACAGACCUGGUGCACGUGGCAGCCCAUGAGAUUGGCCAUGCACUGGGACUGAUGCACUCACAGCAAGACCAGGCACUCAUGCACCUCAAUGCCACAUUGCGAGGCUGGAAGGCACUGUCCCAGGAUGAGCUGUGGGGACUACACCGACUCUAUGGCUGCCUGGACCGGAUUUUUGUGUGUACAUCCUGGGCACGAAAGGGAUUUUGUGAUGUCCGCCAGAGGCUCAUGAAGAGGCUCUGCCCCAGAAGCUGUGAUUUCUGUUACGAAUUCCCAUUUCCCACGGUUGCCACCACCACAUCACCCACCAGAACGAAAACGAGGUUCGUGAGAGAGGGUAGGAACAUGACCUUCCACUGUGGACAGAAGAUCCUACACAAGAAAGGCAAAGUAUAGGCAGGCAUGCAGGAACCUAACCUCUGCAGCUGGUACAAGGACCAGGAACCCCUGGAGUUCUCCUACCCUGGCUAUCUGGCCCUGGGUGAGGCACGGCUGAGCAUCAUUGCCAAUGCAGUCAACGAAGGCACCUACACAUGUGUGGUACGCCACCGCCAGCGUGUUCUCACCACCUACUCCUGGAGGGUCCGAGUGAGGAGCUGAGCCAGCUCCAGCCUCUGUGCUGGAAGCCAGCAGAUAAAGCACUUUCUCUCUGA